AUGAGAGGCAGCUGGAACCCAGACUCCCUCACACCAGACUCCCUCACGCCAGACUCCCUCACACCAGACGCCCUCACGCCAGACUCCCUCACGCCAGACUCCCUCACACCAGACGCCCUCACGCCAGACUCCCUCACACCAGACUCCCUCACGCCAGACUCCCUCACACCAGACUCCCUCACGCCAGACUCCCUCACACCAGACUCCCUCACACCAGACUCCCUCACGCCAGACUCCCUCACACCAGACUCCCUCACACCAGACUCCCUCACACCAGACUCCCUCACACCAGACUCCACUCCUGCAAUAGGAGACAGAGUCAGAGUGAUGGAGGGGGAGGAGAGGAGAGCUGUGGGUCUUGUGUUUGGAGGAGGGACUCCAUCAUUUAAAGAAGUAACUAGUUCCUGGUUUGCCAGUGAAGAAGGAAGAGAGGCAGCGGUAAACCAUCUUCGUCUCAACAUGAACGUCCGUCCCACUUUGAUCUGCUUCUUCUUCCUCUCUCUGCAGGAUGGAAACUCUGGACUCACCGAAGCCCAAAUCUUUGUCUAUACAGAAACUGAAGGAGAAGAUAUCAGAGUUAUAUGUCCCUUUCCUUCAUCUGGAAACACAAAGGUGUUCUGUAAGAAUGGAUGUAAAGAAAAAGGAGAUCAUCUCAUUGAAACAAGUAAUGACACAGCUCAGAGCGGCAGAUACAGGAUUAAAUAUGAAGAACUUCGAUCAAGAGCAAAAGUUUCUGUCAGCAUCUCCCAGCUGACCAGGUCUGACUCAGGACUCUACAGCUGUGGAUUGAAUGGAUCAACAAUGUUAAACGUCCACUUUAGAAUCAUUGUUGUCGAUGCACUGCUAACAGGAAAUCCUCCUGGAGUAAAAACCUUCCAUAAGACAUUUGGAGAUAAUGUUGUAGUUGCCUGCACCUUUUCUGUCUCUGGAGAGAACACGUACUUCUGUAAGGAACGAUGUAAAGACAAAGACAUUCUCGUUCAAACAUCCGAUCUCAGUGCUCAGAGAGACAGAUACAGCAUUGAAUAUGUAAGAGGAUCUCCAUCAGGAGGAAUUGUGUAUGUGACCAUCUCACAGCUGACCAAGUCUGACUCAGGACUCUACAGGUGUCGUCUGGACAGACCUUUCUCUCCGGAUCUUUACCAUGAGUUCAGGAUCAAUGUUACAGAUGCUCCGACCACGUCUGAACCAAACACGACUCUGGCGAUGUUUCCAUCAUCAGUCCCUUCAGCCUUCACACCUCCACACACUGAGACACUAUCACCUAGAGGUACAUGUACACACUGA